CUGGAGCCAGAGCCGGCGCUCAUGCCGCUCAGGUUCCAGCAGUACUGGGAGCAGGAGCGCAGCCGCAGGCGCAGCGAGGAAAGCGCCAGCGCGAGCGACGAAGACGCCGGUGGCAGCGGGCUGGCGGUGCAGGAUGGCAGGCUGGCGGCGCAGGGCUUUGCCGACUUUGUCGUGUCGUUCCGCUACGACGCCGGGCGCGGCGUUGGCGACCGCGGCGUCGCCGAGGCGCGCGCGCAGGGACAGCUGGGCGACGUGGUCAAGCGGCUGGUGCAGGCCGGGCUGCACGUCGAGGUGCGCGCGGCGCUGGUGGCCGAGCGCAGGCACGGGCGCACGGCGCUGCGCGAGGAGAAGGGCCACCUGCUGGUGUUUGUCACGUGCCCGCGCGCGCGGCUGGUGCGCGAGUGGCAGCGGUCGCGGCUGCAGGACUGGCUGGGCGGCAUGCUGGCGCUGCGGCGCGUCGAGGGUGGCGGCGGCGGCGAGGCCGACCCGCUCGAGGUCGACGCGGCGGCGCUGGACGACCCGCGCGGCUGCUGUCGGCGACCGGUGCCACGGCCGACUCGAUCCCGGUGGCCGAGCGCCAGCGGCUGGUGCACCGGCUGAUUGCGGGCGCAAGCGGCGACGGCGGCGCGGCGGUGGGGGCGGGCGGCGGCGGCGGCGGCGCGGCGGUGGCGGUGGUGGCGCUGCACGACGGCGACUUCAACCGGCAGUGGGUGCGCGUGUGGGCGCGCAAGUGGCUGGUGAGCACGCGCGACCUGCAGCGCAUCCGCGAGCACUUUGGCGAGGAGGUGGCCAUGUACUUUGCGUUCCUGCAGAGCUACUUCCUGUGGCUGGCGCUGCCGGCGGCGGCCGGCGCCGCGUGGUGGGCCUGCGGCCGCAGCUUCGCGUGGCCGUUCGCCGUGCUGCUGGUGGUGUGGGCCGCGGUGUUCACCGAGACGUGGGCCCGCCGCGAGUCGGACAUUGCCACGUACUGGGGCGUGCACGGCGUGCAGCGCGCGGGCGACGCGCGCCGUGCGGGCUUCCGCCCCGACGGCUUUGUGCUGGACGCUGCCACUGGCGAGCCGGCGCCCGUGUCGUCGGGCGCGCGGCGCUGGGCGCGGCGCGGCGUGUCGGCCGCCGCCGUGGUGGCGCUGGCGGCCCUGUUGGCGGCGCUGGUGGCGGCGAUAUUUGCCGUGCAGACGUUUGCCAGCGAGUUCUACGCCGGGCCGCUGGCCAGCGUUCUGGCGCUGGCGCCGGUGGUGCUGCUGACGGCGCUGCUGCCGCUGUACACGGGCGCGUGCACGCGCGUGGCGUACGCGCUGACUGAGUACGAGAACUACGAGUUCGAGGCCGAGUUUGCCGCGCAGCUGACGGCGAAGCUGUUUGUGUUCCAGUUCCUGCAGGACCAGCUGUAUCUGUUCCUGACCGCGUGGGUGUUUGUGCCGCACCGCGACGCCUUCGAGCGCUGGCUGCGCGCCACUGCCGC